UAGAAAAAAAAGAAGAAGAAGAAGAAGAAGAAAUAAUAAAAAAAGAAAAGAAAAAACAAAAGAGAUGGAAUCGUGUUAACGUGGAAGCUCGUAUUGCCUACGAUCAAGAGCAUUCAACCCAUCUCCUUCAUCUCUCUUCUCUUUCUUCUGAACUCCAUCAUCAAGAUUCAUAGAUUUGGCUCUGAAGAUUUUCAUCGGAGGAAGCUCUCGGAACAAUGGGCGAUACCCGUGGUGGUUGCUGUCCAUCCAUGGAUCUCUUCCGCUCCGAGCCGAUGCAGCUGGUGCAGCUCAUCAUUCCCAUCGAGUCUGCGCAUCGCACCAUUUCCUACCUCGGUGAUCUCGGCCUUCUUCAGUUCAAAGAUCUCAAUGCCGAUAAAAGCCCGUUCCAGCGUACUUAUGCUGCACAGAUUAAAAGAUGUGGAGAGAUGGCACGCAAAUUGAAUUUUUUCAAGGAACAAAUGUUGAAGGCUGGAUUGUCAAGCAAAAGCUCUGUGUCAGAAGUCGAUAUCAAUAUAGACGACCUUGAGGUCAAACUUGGUGAGCUUGAGGCAGAACUGGUUGAGAUAAAUGCUAAUAGUGAGAAGCUACAGCGUUCCUACAAUGAACUUGUGGAGUAUAAGCUUGUUAUGCAGAAGGCUGGAGAGUUUUUCAGUGCAGCGCAAAGCAGUGCCGUAGAGCAACAAAGGGAGUUUGAAUCACGACGAACUGGUGGAGAUUCAAUAGAAGUUCCGUUGUUGUUGGAACAAGAAUCAUUUGUGGAUCAGUCAAAGCCGGUUAAUUUGGGAUUUCUCUCUGGUCUUGUUCCUCGGGAAAAAUCUAUGGCAUUUGAGAGGAUACUUUUUCGUGCUACCAGGGGCAAUGUGUUUCUGAAGCAGGCUGCAGUUGAGGAUCCUGUUGCAGAUCCUAUUUCUGGAGAGAAGGUUGAGAAAAAUGUGUUUAUUGUUUUCUACUCUGGAGAAAGGGCAAAGAAUAAGAUUCUAAAAAUAUGUGAGGCAUUUGGUGCAAAUCGAUACCCUUUUACUGAGGACUUGGGGAAACAAGCCCAAAUGAUUACCGAGGUUUCUGGGAAACUGUCUGAGCUGAAGACUACAAUAGAUAUAGGCCUGUUGCACCGGGGUAAUCUGUUGCAGACUAUUGGAGAACAUUUUGAAAAUUGGAAUCUCCUGGCGAGGAAGGAAAAGGCCAUAUACCAUAUCUUGAACAUGCUUAGCCUUGAUGUAACAAAGAAAUGUCUGGUCGCUGAGGGGUGGGGUCCUGUUUUUGCAACAAAACAGAUUCAAGAUGCACUUCAGCGAGCAGCAUCUGAUUCCAACUCCCAAGUUGGACCCAUUUUCCAGGUCUUAUUAACUACAGAAGCACCACCUACUUAUUUUCGGACAAACAAAUUCUCGUCUGCUUUUCAAGAAAUUGUCGAUGCAUAUGGGGUGGCAAGGUAUCAAGAAGCAAAUCCUGGUGUAUACACCAUUGUCACGUUCCCAUUUCUGUUUGCUGUCAUGUUUGGCGAUUGGGGGCAUGGAAUAUGUCUGUUCCUUGCAACCCUGUAUUUUAUAUUGCGAGAAAAGAAACUUUCUUCGCAGAAGCUUGGAGAUAUCACUGAAAUGGCCUUUGGUGGACGCUAUGUCAUUUUGAUGAUGUCACUAUUUUCAAUAUACACAGGUCUUAUCUAUAAUGAGUUCUUUUCAGUCCCAUUUGGACUGUUUGGUCGCUCAGCCUAUGCAUGUCGUAGUCCUGAUUGCAGUGAUUCUACCACUAUGGGGUUGAUAAAGGUGGGUUCUACAUAUCCAUUUGGCUUGGAUCCUGUAUGGCAUGGCACUCGAAGUGAGCUUCCAUUUCUUAACUCUCUGAAAAUGAAAAUGUCGAUCCUCCUUGGAGUUGCACAAAUGAACCUUGGAAUUAUAAUAAGCUAUUUCAAUGCUACAUUUUUCAGGAACAGCAUUAAUAUCUGGUUCCAAUUCCUGCCACAGAUGAUAUUCCUGAACAGCCUUUUCGGCUAUCUUUCCCUUCUCAUCAUCAUAAAGUGGUGCACUGGUUCAAACGCUGAUCUGUACCACGUAAUGAUAUACAUGUUUCUGGGCCCCACCGACGAUCUUGCUGAAAAUCAACUUUUUCCUGGGCAGAAAAAUGUUCAGAUUGUGCUGCUCUUACUGGCCCUUGUUGCUGUGCCAUGGAUGCUGCUUCCGAAGCCUUUUCUUUUGAAGAGGCAGCACGAACAGAGGUUCCAAGGCCAAUCUUAUGCGCCCCUUCCAAGUGCUGAUGAUUCCCUCGAGUUGGAUUCGCAUCAUGAUUCACAUGGUCAUGAAGAGUUUGAGUUCAGUGAGGUUUUUGUGCAUCAACUUAUACAUACCAUUGAAUUUGUGCUUGGAGCAGUGUCAAAUACAGCUUCCUAUCUUCGUCUAUGGGCUUUAAGUCUUGCACACUCAGAGUUGUCAAGCGUGUUUUACGACAAGGUUCUCGUUCUAUCUGCAGGGUUCAACAACAUUAUAAUCUUAAUAGUAGGCAUUAUCGUUUUCAUUUUCGCUACCGUUGGUGUCUUGCUAUUGAUGGAGACUUUAAGUGCCUUCCUUCAUGCACUCCGUCUUCAUUGGGUCGAGUUCCAAAACAAGUUCUACGAGGGAGAUGGGUACAAAUUCCAUCCUUUCUCAUUUGCAUUGCUAAAUGAAGAUGAUGAAUGAUCUUCAAUAUCAAUAUGAAGCAGCCAUGAGAGAAAAAGCUCCUGUUUUUUAUGUGCACAAAAGUGAUUUGUAUUGAAUAUUCUUUAAUUUAAAUAUGGCAAGGAAAUUGCCAUUGUCCUUGUUGAGGAGUGCCUGAGCCUGAGGUUUUGGCCAUUAGCACUCGUUUUUUUUUUUUUUUUUUUUUUUUUUUAACAUUUUCUUGUGCUGCAAAGGGAGAAUAAAUUGGGUUCUUAGAUGGGCCAGUGCCUUUAUAAGUGGUAAGAGUGAUGACCCUUUUAGCGUAAUAAACAAAGGAUUCUGAGUUGUUAUUUAUAUAUAUUUAUGUCUGAGAAUAUUUAUUUUAAAGGGCCA